AACCUUCGUUGGGGAAGAUGAAACAGCUGAAUUUGGUUCAUUAGUUGAAAACUCGCAAAUCUUACUAUCAUAAUCAUCUCUUUGUGAACUAGAAUAGAAUAUACUUUCGAUUUCCGUUCCGGCUGACCGGCCAAUCACUGUCUAUAUGCUAAUAUUCAGCGUGACCAAACACCGGAACGUCCCCUUUAAUUUGUUCAGCAACCCAGAAGAGAGGACAAGGGGAACAACAUCAACACACAGCCUUGCGCAGGCAGUGUCAUCAUUGUUUCCCAACCAGUCCGUCAGUCACCUGGAUCAACUCUUGUUGUAGUGGACGGGCAGGAGGGAAAGGCAGCAGAAAUACAGGACUCAGGAUGCCUCUGUUCUUUAGAAAGCGAAAACCCAGCGAAGACUCCCAGAAGAGAUUGGAAUAUCAGCUGUGCCGGUCUAAGGAGGCCGGUGCUGAUGACAUCCUGGACAUUUCAGCUUGUGAGCUCUCAGAGGUUCCCUCGAGUGCCUUUUCCAUUUGCAAGGUGCUACAGAAAAAGGUCCUCAUCCUCCAUAACAAUGAGUUGAGGUCGUUAGUGCCCAGAGGAUGUGACAUCAGCACUCUUUCCACUUUAAAGGUUUUGGAUCUGCACGACAACAAGCUCACAUUUCUCCCAGAUAACAUUGGGAAGCUGGCGUCACUGCAGAUUCUGAAUGUGGAGAAGAACCGUUUAAAGGCCCUGCCGGACUCCAUCGGGGAUCUGCGGCUUUUGCAAACACUCAGUUUGAAGGGUAACUGCCUCAGCGAGCUGCCGUCCUCGGUUGGCUCUUUGUGCAGCCUGCGCACCCUGGACCUAAGUGACAACAACAUUGUCCAACUGCCCAAAACUCUGGCUUACAUCCGGACCCUGGAGAGCUUUACGCUCGAUGCUGCCAUGAUGUCCUACCCGCCUGUAUCUGUGUGCACAGAGGGCACAGAGAGCAUCCAGCGCUUCCUAUGCUCCGAGCUGGGAGAGGAGUACUGCCCCCCAUCCCAAUAUCUCCUGCCGGUGCUGGAGAGUGACUGCGGCAAACAGAACUCUGACUCUUUGGAUGGUUUGGAGGAGGCCUGGCAGAACAAAUUCAGCGACUAUGAGAAGAGAAAGGAGGAGAAGCAGCAGCAGAAGCUGGCCUUCGAGCGGCACCUGGUAGAGAAGCAAAAUGAGCAUACACAGCUUAUACUCAUGAACACCUCUCGCAAGGAAAACAUGCUCAACUCGGUCCGACAGGAGCAGGAGCGCCUGGAGCUGGGGGUCAGCCAGCAGCAGAGGGCUCAGGAGGCUGAGAGGCUGCUGGUGCUCGAGAAAGUGCGACAAGCCGAGGACAACAUCAGCAGUCGCGUCAGCAACAUGCUGAUGGACAAAAACAGGCAGAAAAAGAGUGCAGAGUUUCUGCAAUCCAUGGAGGAAGAUCGGAUCCGUAUGGAGCAUCUGGCUGUCAUUACACAGGAAGAAGCUAAUUCACUGAGGAAGAGGGAUGUGGCAGCGGCCAUGCAGAAGAUGCUGUCAGACGGCUGUGCCAUGAGCCUCCUUCAGGAAGCCAGUGACAUUCGCAGACAGAGCCUGGUGUCUGAGGCCUGCAGAAGUAUGGAGAGUUUGGACAGGAAGUUUGAUAAGAUGCUGUCCCUCCAAGUUUUGGACAAAUCUAAAGCCAUUGCCCAAAUAUUACAGGAGGAGGAGAUGCAGAAAGCAGCGUUCCAGGCCCUGCAGCUGCAGAAAGACGCUGUACACGGUUACAUCCGCAACCAGAUCAAGCUCAUAGAGGAUGAGUUAAAGCAGCUGACUAAAUUGGAGAUUAAAAGACGCAAUCUGGAUGCUGAGAACUUGCAGGAGGUUCUGGUGGAGCAGCGCACGGCUCUCAGUGACUUGUUGCAGCAGCUUCUGAAGCAGAGGGACCAGAGGGAGCAGGAGCUGCGGCAGGUUCUGGUGGAGAUGGAGCUCAAGUCUGAGUCCAACCAGCAGAACUACUGGAUGAUCCAGUACCAGAGACUGCUGGAUGCCAAGCCCUUGUCUCUGCGCAUGCAGGAAGCGGGCGUGGAGAAAGAGUUAGUGAAUCUGCUGUGCAAACUGUCAGCUCAGCACUACCUGCCCAUCCUGGCUCAUCAUCGAGUGACCACUGAAGCGCUUCGCCACAUGAACUCCUCUGACCUCAAGAAGCUUGGCAUUAAUGAAAUAGGGAUCCAGAAAGCUCUUCUGAACUGGGCUCGGGAAUACCAGCCUGAAGGAGCUGGUAAGGCUGUUCAGCAGGACGAGGAGGCAGAGGUCACCCCCACGGCUCCGGCCCCUUCCUCCCCUCCAGUGCUUCCCAACAACUUAACCUGCCAGAUCCCCAGCCCACCGCUCACUCCAGGGACGCCCGUCACCCCCUCAGCACCCAGCCCUUUGGAGGGACCGGGGAGCUCCGAGUGUGUAGUCUGCAUGGAGACUGGGUCUCAGGUCAUCUUCCUGCCCUGUGGACAUGUAUGCUGCUGUCAGGUCUGCAGCGAUGCUCUGCAGAACUGCCCUCUCUGUCGGAGCAACAUAUCUCAGCGCAUACGCUUGUACCACAGCUAGAAGAAGCCGUCGUUCGCCGACUACAGCUCUCUUCAUUUGUGCAUGAUCAUAAAGCUGCUGUUACUUAACCUUAUCAUGUAUAGAAAAGGCUUUUAGCAGGUUUUCAAAGAGCUGAGCCACUUUCCUGUAUUAAUCAAACAUUUUUUUGUGAUGUAUAUGCAGAAUUGUGUUUGGAUAGAACUAUUUUUAAAGGUGUUGUGUUUUUGGUUGUCACUAGCAUCCAAGCCUGUUGUGAUUUGUUGUUCCUUUUAAAUUCUAUAAUUUUUAUAUAUAUAUAUAUAUAUAUAUAUAUGUUAAGAGCCAAGUGGAUGACACCACUCACUGUUCUUUGCCUUAUUACACCUUCUCAAUUAAUGUGUGCCUUUCUCUGGAAAUCCCUCUUUUUUUUUUUUUUGUUUAAACAGUUAUUGUGUCGUUCUAAACCAAAGUAACACCUGUCCGACACUUAUGUAAGUUAACUAAAACGUAAUCCGAUGAUUGUUCUUGCUUUUUUUGCUACAUUUGCUGGUUGCCAUUGUAGAACUAAUUCAACAUCCUGCCGUUCUUCAGUCCAUCAGACUUUGUCUUGCCCUCACUGUCAGGUGCAGUUCCCUGCUUACCUUCAGCCUUGGCCUAGAUUGCUGAUUGGAUACCAGAACAUUAAAAAAUAAUGUAUAUAUUAUUUUAUAACAGCUGUAUACUGCUAACUCUGUAUGACAUGCGUGAGUUACUUGCUGUUUAGGGAUAUUGGCUACUUGUGCAGUUAGAAAAACGUCUGUUAAAUUGCAUACAAGUGUAAGGGGUGCUGCUGGGAAGCAGCAUGGUCCCAUUUUUAAUAAAUUAUGUGGGAGACUCAAGUACUCACCGAUACCCAGUCCUGCAUCUUAACAGUAUUGGAGGUGUUUCCUAUACCUCUACUGGUAUCGGACCAACCCUACCUUGGGCCUUACCUUAGUUUCCUUUCCACUUGUCUCUGACAUAUCUUUUGAUCUCGCUGAAUUGUUACAUAUUGUGCACAUUUAUGAACUAACAACACAUUGCCUGUUUGAAACCAUCACUAAUGCUAUUAUCCUCUCUCAAGUGCUCUUAACUUUGACAUCUCAGCAUGUUUCAGGAAAUAUCUUUACAUAUUGUAUACAAGUCUGUUAAAUGUUGUGUGUGAAAGUUUCCUCACCCCGUUUCGCGUCAACAGUGAUACAAAAUAUGUGUGUGUCACUUACUUGUAUUCACAUUGAGAUCAAUGUAAAAGCUUUGUGUUGCUAAAGAGAUACGUUGUCAUUACACAAGCAGCUCCAUCUGUAAAUGUAUUGAAAUAGAGUAUACAAACAGAA